AUGUUCUUUCGCCUUGGAUUAACGAUUGUUGGACUGCCAGUCGCCAUCUACUGCUUAUCUCUCUGCAUAUGGAGCUGGUUGCGGCGUCGCCUUCUCAUCACACAGACUGGUUGGACAGAUAUACCAUUACUCGGAAAGGGUCGCCAGGAAGCUGGUAAGAUCAAGGGGACUGUCGUUGUUUGUGGUGGAAGCAUUGGUGGUCUUUUGACAGCUCGGAUUUGCCAUGACCAUUUCGAGCGAGUGAUCAUCGUAGAACCAGAAGCCUGGUUAAGUACUUCGGACGGUCGCGAAACCCAGGCAUGGACGCAGAAAUACCAGCGAUAUCGUGUCGUACAGUACUAUUCUCUUCAAGCUGUUCAGGUAUUCUUGUUCACCGCCCUUAAAGCCAUUUUCCCAAAUUUCGAGGAUGAGUGCAUUGCAUCUGGCAUACGGUGA